UUCUUUUUAAAUCUGGCAGGCCAUUGACAGUGGGAAUAUUAAGUUGCCUGGUUGUACAGUACUGGUACCUCCAGUUAUUUUGAUAGAGAGAGAUGUCUGGAGACAAAGAGUCUGUACCUGAAGUGGAGGCUGAAGAGGAGUCAGACAAGAAUUACAAGCCUCCACCACAGAAGACGAUUGAUGAGAUGCUUGCACAAGAUGAGAAUGAUGAGUCGCUCAAAAAGUACAAGGAGGCACUCCUUGGGGGAGCAAAAACAGGAAGUGUGAUCAUUGAUCCAAGUGAUCCAAGAAAGGUGAUUGUCAGAAAGCUGGUGAUGGAGUGCACUGAUGGACCACACAAAGAACUUGACCUCUGUGGAGAUCUCAGCAAGUUGAAGAAGCAGACCUUUGUUAUCAAGGAGGGAAUCCAAUAUCGGAUCCGGAUAGACUUCCAUGUUCAGCGGGAAAUCGUUCAUGGCUUGAAAUACAUUCAGAAGAUAUCUAGGAAAGGAAUUCAAGUUGAGAAGAUGACCCACAUGGUGGGGUCAUAUGCACCAAAAUCUGAAGUCCAGAGCUACACUACCCCACCAGAGGAUGCACCUUCAGGACUUCUGGCCCGAGGAACAUACCAAGUGAAAUCCAACUUCACUGAUGAUGAUGGGAAUGAACACCUCAAGUGGGAAUGGGCAUUUGAGAUAAAGAGCGAUUGGAAGUAACCUCUUGUUGAAAAAACCCUCCCUGUAAGAGUGCCUUCUUUUCCCUCAAGGAAUGAGUCACUAUUUUUUAUCCCAGGUCAUUUCUUUGGGCACUCAUUGUACUUCUCUGUUGUCAUGAUUGUAAAUCACAGUUCAUGUUUAUAUAAGGUACUGGUUUAUUUGAUUACCCAACCAGCAGUUCCUCUCCAAAUACUUCAGUCAUUGCCAAGAAAGUGCUUUAUGAAAGUAGGCUGGCUUGUGCUUUUUUUUCAUGUUCAAAUUAACAUAUAUUUUCUUCUUUCACAAGAUAAACAAAGGGUACUGAUGAGGAGUAUGAUCAUGCUGCAUGCAGCCCAAAUAUUCUCCCUUUUCUUUUUAGGAGGCUUUUUUGUCAUUUCAUUUUUGUAGAGACCCCCCCCCCCCCCAUUUUUUUUCCCUUUCUUUUACUGGUACAU